UGACGUAGCGCGAUCUCCACGUCGGCCGAGCAGCCAAAAUGGCGGCAGCGGAGGGGAGCGGGAGUGGUGGCGGCGGCGGUGGCGGCGGCGGCGCGGGGGGGCCGCUGUUCGCAGGUCUCGCAGAUGUGUCAAUAUCUGAAGAUAUUCCAGUGGAAGGGGAGAUCACUGUUCCUGUUGGAUCUCGCUCUCCCGAUGAAGACUUCUCCACGCUGGAUGAGCCUGUUAGGGAUACCAUUAUGAGAGAUCUGAAGGCUGUUGGGAAGAAAUUUGUCCAUGUCAUGUAUCCAAAAAAGAGUAGUGCGCUCCUCAGAGACUGGGAUCUUUGGGGCCCUUUGGUGCUUUGUGUCUCACUUGCACUGAUGCUUCAGGGCGGAUCAGCAGACAGCAAAGAGGACGGAGGGCCCCAGUUUGCUGAGGUCUUUGUCAUCAUCUGGUUCGGUGCAGUUGUCAUCACACUAAACUCAAAGCUUCUCGGAGGAACGAUAUCGUUCUUUCAGAGCCUGUGUGUGCUGGGUUACUGUGUCCUGCCCCUGACAGUAGCGAUGCUGGUAUGCAGGCUGGUGCUGCUGGCAGGUUCUGGGACCAUCAGCUUCAUCAUACGUCUUAUUGUCGUGGUAGCUAUGUUUGGUUGGUCAACGUUAGCAUCUACAGCUUUCCUGGCAGACAGUCAGCCUCCAAACCGCAAAGCUCUUGUUGUGUACCCCAUCUUCCUCUUCUACUUUGUUAUCAGCUGGAUGAUUCUCACCUUUACACCUCAGUGAUCUCCGACCAGAAGAGGAGAGACUCUGUAAUAUGGACUGAAGUUUUUUCAUGAACACUGCAGUUAAUCAUUGGCUUUAUCUCUUUCUAAUUUAUAUAUAUAUAGUUGCUGUAAAAAGGCAGGUUAUGGGAUAAAGCCAGAGAACUGCAAAAAUUGGUCAUUUGUGUGUCCCUCUUUUUGAAAGAUACAGAGGCCCAGCUGCUGAGGGGUUUUUAUUUAGCCCUGCUCUUCAGUUGUAUUAAAUAAAAAAAGCCUACUGUGACAGGGAUUAUUCCGCCUGAGGAACAGAGCGGGAGAUCCUGGAAUUUCAAGGCGUUGAGUAGAUGAAGGUGAAGUUGUAGGAUUGCACGACUUGGCAGAAUUCUUGCUUGUGCGUGGAUUCUCCCUGAAGAUGAAUAUGCCUUACAAAAUAAUAGAACUUCAUUUCUCUUAUGUGUUGGGUAGGGAGGAAAGAUGUUUGACUCCUGUUCUUUUGCAUUCACUUAGAGUGGUGAAAUAGAUAUAAAGUGCAUCGUAGGACUGUGAGCUUUCACUUUGAAGUCAGAUUCCAGCAAAAAAUAAGUUGGGUCCAUUUUGUGAUUAAUUGGAGCUGGGCGGAAGGGAACUGCCUUUGCUCAUGUUUGUGUGUUGUGUAUCUAUGUUUCAUCCCUUUGUAUGUCAAGAAAGAGUGUUUCAGCCAAAUGCCUUCAGCACCACAGUUACACUGACUUACCGGUAUCGCCCGAGAGGGAGUGUGUUUACACUGGAGAGUUAUAAAUCCUUUCCUGUGACCGUAGAUCAGAGUUAAAAGUCCCAGAGAAACAGGAAAGACUAGUUUGCAGCAGGAACUUAGCUGUUACUCUGCAUGUGAGAAUGGAAAAUUGUCUGGAGAGUACCAAGUAAAGUGUGUGUGUGUGUAUAUAGAUGUGUUAACAAAACGUUUGUGAAGGAAGUUGAAGUUUGCUACGUAAGGGGUUUGGGUGUGAACGUACCGCCCCAGGACUUAGGCACAAAGCUUUAAAACGAGCUGGAAGAAGGAAACUAAAUCAUGUUGAAGGUGGUGGCUGCUAUGGAAUAGGAUAUAGACUCUGAUCUUAACUGCUUGUGUGUGACUUUUCAUGUGGUUGUUUACGUGUUUAUAUAUUUGAACAUGUUUUGAAAAAACAUGAAAAAAAACCCACAUUUGCGUAUUGUUUCUUUGUACUUACGAGAUGUGAGAAACUUUUCCAUAGGGUUGUUUGUUGUUGUUUGUUUGUGGGUGGGGUUUUUUUUGCUUAAUACUUUUUAUAAAACGGGAGGAGGCUUUCUUCCCUGGCUCCCUGCGGGUGCGCUUGUGCUCCUUGCCUGGAGACCCAUACGCAGGUGUACAGGUGUGCUGUUCAUAUUUCAGCGGAGGGAUUGCAACCUGGAGAAUUGCUUUUUGAAAACUGUCCAGAAAUCCUUUAUGUUGGCCAUUAUUUUCAGUAAGCAAUCCAAGGGGAGAGCUUUGAAACAUCUCGGGGUGAAAAAGCUGCUGUUAAAGUGUCACUUCUCCUGCAAAUGAGCAUUGUAUUUCCCUUUUCCUAUAGUGACGGGUAGACCUGAAACUGAUAUAAGUGGGUCCUGCUGAGGUGUAAAUAUGCCUAACUUCUAUUUAUAUACACAAGUACAGUUUCUGCUAUAAACACUAUAAGUAUUUGGUAGUUGGGAUGGAAACUUCUCAAUGUGCAGAUUAAAAGUUCAUUUUUGCAUUUCUGGGAGAAGAGGGAAGGAGAAACCAGCUGCUCUCCGCAGGGGCCCAGCUUUGCUGCAGAACAGCUGUUAUGGGCACGUAUGCGUGAGGCUGGUGGCUGCUCCUGCUGCCUCCCUCACGCCUUCGCCCGUGGUUGUUCUGAGGUGCUGCGAGAGGAGCUGUAGCGUUCUGUGUACGUGGGUGUAAAAUGGAAAGAGGGAACUUUUAAACUUCCAUCAAAUUACUACUGGUUUGGAAUGUGAUUUUUUCCUUUUAAGCGCAGUUUUCCAUUCAUUUAAACAUUGUUUAGCUUUAUGAAGCAGGAAAGCAAUAUUCAAGGGGAGCAGACAGUAAAGCUAUUGAUGGCUACGCUGGGAUUCUUUAAGCCGAAUCUUUCUUUCCUAAUGCAGCACAAGAAUUUAACCAUGCUUUCAGAGAAAUCCUUGGAAUUCUAUCUCUGUAGUGUCUUGUGAGUUAAGCUGAUAUUGUAUCUGAAGAUAAUUGGAGUAAUGUUUAACUGAUCCAGUAUCUUUUUGAAAAGAAGGAAAAUUACUUCUAAGAGGCAUUAAAAUCCCAGCUUUUUCCUUGCUUGUUUUUUGGCUUGGGUCAAGUCUCACGAUGGUUUGUUCUGUAACGUUGCUCUUGGCUUAUACAAGAGAGAAGAAAAUUAUUUGUAUAUUAACUAGAUUUGCUUUUCAACUGGUCACUGAAGUUUUUCCUUGAGAGGUCUCUUUAAUCUGAAAGAACAGGCAGAAAUACACUGGUUCUAUGCGAAGGUGUGAUUUUGUUUGUCUGUUUUUUGACUCAUGGCAAUCCUUUGCUAUGAAAGCCAUCUUCUGAAGCUGUGAAAUCUUUAUGGGUUUAUAUCACUAAAGAUGUCACUUGCCCUAAGGUUCUAGCUGGCAGGAUGCAGAUAGGGAACUAGGUUUUUGGAGUUUUCAUACCUCCAGUUGAAUAAAGUUACAUGUCUUGUG